UGUUUAUCCUCGCCUGCACAAUGUCAGCGUCUACGAAAACAACCCAAGACUGGACAAACCGCUGCCAAACGGUACGAGCUCUCGUCCCUGAUGCAAUCAGCAAAGAUGCCUGGGUAUGGGAUCACAGUAAGUAUCAUCGCCAUCUCUCUCUAUCAUAUCAACAUCACCACCAGGCCGCAACCCUAGCAAACUUCCCCGACACCGAGCUUCUCGCCUCAUUCUACACCCACCAUACAAACGAAUAUCCAGAGUUCCAAUCAGAAGAGCAAAAAGUCUCGCAUCUCAGUUUGUUUCCGAGAUAUUCUUCUCAAACUGAUUACCCUCGUUGGUGCGCCGCGGGUACUCUGCGUAUUGGGUCCAUUAGCCAAGGCAGAGGGGGACGUCGAGGGUAAAUCAAAUGCGAGCGUACUAAAUGAAAAAUGGAACCCCCAAACCCUAAACCCGCAAGCCCUCUACACCCGCGGCACCAAAACAAUAACCUCAAUCUACGGCCCCUCCCUCCUCCCCCAAAUCUUCUCAACCUGGGGCUCCCACAAAGAAGACAUCUGCGUCAACGAGAUCCUAACAAUCUACGGCUUCUACAUCUCCGACUACGAAGUCCAGACAUCCCUCGAGACCGAAGCGGUGGUUAUACGCUACGAUCUCGUGUCGCAACCCAACCCCGGAUGCAGGCGGGUGAGUGCAAUUUCGCCGCCUUGGCGCGCUCAUUGUAGGGUGUAAUUAUAUUUUGGUGAUUGCCAGUUAGGGAUGGCGAUGCAUAGAGAAGCAUUGGUU